UUUUUCCUAACAGAAAGCGUGGAUACCCAUCAGCGAAGUUUUGAUAUUGGAAUUCAGAUUGGCUAUCAGCGACGCAAUAAGGAUGUGUUGGCUUGGGUUAAAAAGCGCAGAAGAACUAUUCGUAGAGAAGAUUUGAUCAGCUUCCUGUGUGGAAAAGUUCCUCCACCGCGAAACUCUAGAGCUCCCCCAAGACUGACUGUAGUGUCCCCUAACCGAGCUACUUCAACGGAAACUAGCUCAUCUGUAGAGACUGAUUUGCAACCCUUCCGGGAAGCCAUAGCUCUGCAUGGUCUUAGUGGUGCAAUGGCUAGUAUAAGCGUGCGUUCGAGUACCCCAGGCUCUCCUACACAUGUAAGCAGUGGAUCGAAUGCUAGUCGAAGGAGAAAUGGACUCCAUGAUGUCGAUUUGAACACUUUCAUAUCAGAAGAAAUGGCACUCCACUUGGACAAUGGUGGAACUAGAAAGCGUACCUCAGCCCAGUGUGGCGAUGUCAUUACAGACUCACCAACCCAUAAACGCAACAGAAUGAUCUAAACUGCAAACAUUUUCACACCCACCAUGCUGCUUGAAAGCCACUUGAUCCUCAACAUAUACUAUUAUUGCAAAGGAAACAAACAUGAGGCCAUCUUCCCUUUUUUCACUGUUUAAGACAAGUGAAUUCUAUAGUGGUUGCCAUAAAAGGAAGUUCUAGGUAUUUACAGUAGAUGCCUCUUGUAACUAUGGCUUUCUUAAAACUAUAGUCCUAGCAGAGGACAUCAGAUAUCGUGUAGUCUUUAGCAAGAUCAUCAUAGGCAAACAUAUAUCCGUUUCAAGGCUAAAAGUGACCUUAACUGUAUUUAUUCUCAAAGGGAAAGGAAGUAUCAGAUGUUUAUUUGGUUAUAGAAUGCUUUUUUGGGGGGGGGCGGGGGGCUCCAUUUCCUGCUGUGUUGAGUAUUUUGCUUCAACAGUAUUGCCAGGUUCCUAAAAUUGUCUAAAACACGUGAUUUGGCUUCCUCGUCAAAUCGCCAGCCUUCCAUUUUUGCAGCAGCACUGUACCAUGCACCUGGUUUCUCUCUAGUAACAGUGUGCAACUUCUGAUUAUUGAACUGUGCCCUGUUUUUAGUUUUCAAAGCAGUUUCUAAUUCUGGUGAUUGUGUGAUGUAAAGAGGUGCUAUGAUGGUCAUGCAAUUAAUACUUAAUAUCGAAUCAAUACACAGAACUUUAUUGGAUUCACUUUGUGUGUGUUAGUGCUCUAAAAGUAGCAAUAUUAUUAAAUUGCCCCCAGAUUAACCUUGUAGGAUUAAAAUACUCAUUUUUAAGACAAAUACUACUUCCCAUGCAGGUUACUGUCCUUAUGGUAAAUGUAAACAUGUAGACUGCAUUCAUGGUGACCUAAAGUAGAGAGGUCAUGAACUUUAUGGGCUUCCUUUUUGGUUCAGUAUUAGAGCGACAUGGAUGGUGGGAGGGUAGUCUGUUAUAUUCUGUUUUACAUUUUUCAUGAAUGUUCUACUUUGUGCAGUUUCCAUUGGAAUGGGUGGAAGAUAAAGGUCUUUUAUCUGCUAAUAAUGUGAUCACACCUUAAAUAGCAAAACCCAACUCUCCAAUCCCUCUCCUAUAAAGUGCAGUUUGGAAUCUCAUUCUGGAAAAGAUGGAAUCGCAUGGAGGUUCUCUAGAUGUUAGGUAGACUUAAAUAAAAGUUCUCAAUAGAUUCUUUUGAGUAAAUAUAAGACCUCUUGUACCUACAAUGUUUUAGAGCAUGUUUCAUCUUCAUUUUUAAUAUCUUGAACUGAACGGUAGUCUUUUUUUAGAUGAAGAACUGAUGUCAGCCUGCCAGGUACUGUAAUUUAUUCUAUCAUAUUAUAAAUGUAUCAAGUAGGACAGUGAAAAUGUUUCCUUGCAAACUUGUAGCUCAGUAUCAGUUACUUUCUGUUUUUAUCCUUAAAAGACCAUUGCAAAUCAGUGUAAGGGUUUUUCCAGUAAUUACUCACAGCACUUUGUUAAAGUUUGCAAUUUCUUCAGCCAUUUAAUAAUCUUUCUGUGAAGAAACUUUGCUAAGUUAACCAUAAUAUUCAUUGACUGGGUGGGAUGUGAAUGUAAUGUGUGAACUGAAGAAGUUCUGUAUUCACUAUAGAUACAGCCCUUAUUUAAAAAAAGUCAAUUCCAUACUAAACCUAGGAAUGAAAGUGAAGCAUUUCUAAAUUUUUGCAAAAGUGGAUCAUUUUUUUUUGUUUGAAUAUGAUAGGAAGAAUUAUAGCAAUGUAUCAUUUUACCGGAAACGGGUGAGCCUAUGUAUUAUGAAUACUUUCAGGCUUCCCUUUGGAAUAUAUCAAGAAAUGCAUCUGGAGUUAUCUUUGUUUUUCUAUCGUUGUAAAUUUAGAUUCUGGAAUUGGGUUUGGUGAUGUGAAGCGUUGCUCACAAACAGCCAGAACUCCUCUUCCUAAAGGAUUUUGAGGCUGAGGAACACAUAUUUCAUCUCCCCUUUAUGCCGUGGUUCUAGUUCCUCUUUCCAAGUUAAUAACAACAAAAAAUUUUUUUUUGGUGGUUUUUGUUUUAGUUGGUGCUCUGAAGCUUAAUCUCAAUACCCUUUACUCUUCGAUUGUCAAAUUUUGAUAAAACAUGUGCCAUUUUCUUUGGUAAGAGAAAGCAGGUCUUCACGUCUGCCAGAACACAAUUUAUAUAUCUUAUUGGCUCCAUUAAACUUUUUGAAAACUUUAACAUUUGUUACUUUUUUCCAUUGCAUUUAAUUCUUUUUUUUUUUUUUUUUUGUGGUACGCGGGCUCUCACUGUUGUGGCCUCUCCCGUUGCGGAGCUCAGGCUCUGGACGCGCAGGCUCAGCGGCCAUGGCUCACGGGCCUAGCCGCUCCACGGCAUGUGGGAUCUUCCCGGACCGGGGCACGAACCUGUGUCCCCUGCAUCGGCAGGCGGACUCUCAACCACUGCGCCACCAGGGAAGCCCAUUGCAUUUAAUUUUAAAUGCUCUGUCACCCAGCAGUAACUCUUCCCCCCCAUCUCCGUCCCAUUGCUCUCCUGUGCCACCCGAGCACAGAAUAAACCAAGACCUAGGAGUAGAAAGGGAAAUGAUUUCUCUUAGAAAAACUUAGUUCUGACUGCUAGAUUUCUGCAGCCUUUCUUUGUGCCAUUUUAGAUGCAAAACAAAUCAUGGAAGAUUACAUAUUUGUGUGAUACUUUUUAAUAAUGUUGGGGUUUUUUGUUUUGUUUUCAGUCUCUUGAGAACAGUGUAGGCUGACAGUUUACUUUGGGGGAACAGAACCUCUUUUCAUCUUAAGCUAGAUUCUCUGAUUCUUUUAGACGUCAUAGCUCAUGAGUUCUGUUCCUGUCACCCUAACUUGGCAUGAGUGGGUUGAGUUAUCCUUAAACUGCAGUGUUCUGAGCAUGGCUGAAGCAUUAAAAACUUAAGUAUAUAAUGUUUGGUAUUUUAUAGAGCAAAAUUAUUGGAAAGCAUUUGGCUGAAUCUAAAGACCUGCAGUCAAAUUCUUCAAUGUGGUUUACCCAACUGGAGUAGUGGUACACACCUUAAAUCAUUCAAUGAAUAAAUAAUUUAAAAAACCAAAAAGACUAUGGGGCUUGUCUGCAGUUUUGUUUUGGUCAUCACAUCUGAACAACUUUGACAUAAUCAAAUGAAGUUCAGGCUUAAAAAAUAACUAGCUGAAAUAUUUUUCCCAAGGGCUGCUGGAACUCAUUAAACUUGAGUCACUGUGGCUUUUGGGCCUUAAGGUUGCCGUACAGCAGUGAAAGCUGGGCUAAUUUGCUGAACGGUAAGGGGGGUCGCCAAGGCCUGGCCAAGAGGGUGAGCUAGCCUCAGUGCAGUGAAGGUGAAAGUUGCCAAGAGAUGAUUUGGAAAUGGACCUUUAGCUGGGGACACAGGCAGCACAGUUAAUUUCAGAAAAUGAUUAUGAGUGGAUCAGUAAGUUUCUGGCACCAUUACUCCCUGAACUUUUUGAGAGGUAUAAUGACUGUUAGCAGAUUAAUCUCAUUACAUUUUAUUUUGUAUAGCUUGCUACUACAUGCCACUUCAUCCAUUAGAUUGAUUACUUAGGUGUCUAGUUAGGAGGUUGGGAAUCUUUCAUAGGUAGGUUCUGGACUCUUGGAGUGCAGUGACGUGAAAGCUUCCGCCAGAAGAAACCCUUUGUUUAUUUUAAACUUAAGAUUCAUAUGUUUAAUUUAGUUAAGUUUAGGAGGUUAUUCUGAUCAGAUGUGGUUUUAGUACCUGCUCCCUCCUUGAAAGCUGUUACAACUUUGAUCAGAUGACCUCACCUGGUAUGUCUUGUUUCCACACCUCACGCUGGAAUGUUUGUGAGGUGUGUGAUGUUUUAGUGGGGUCACUCUGUUGUACUGAUGCACUUCACAGGGUUUUUCUUCCUGUGAUGGUACCUGCAUGUUCUCUGUGGAGUCCAGCACAGAGUAGUCUGUGAUGCAAGAGGGUUUUGAGAGUCCAGUACAAAUUUUGUGGCCGUUGGCAAAACUGAGAAGUUUCAUUGAUGUUAUUCCAAAUUUCUGAUGGCCCCUCAUUUUAUUUGUGUUGAUUUAAUGCUUAAAAAAAUUUUUUUAACUGCAAAAAUCCAGCCACACAGCAGCUUAUAGUAUAUGUGGAUCUUUCUGCAUAAGAAUAUAUAUGGUGAUACUUUGUGACUAAAUAGAAUUCCAUGGUAUGUCUGGGCCUUUAUGGUGGGUCCCAGUUUUUUCCAUAGUUAGUAGCAGUGAACAGUCAAGUUUUUUUUAGGUUCCUAUGGGUAAAUUUCUGCAGGUAAAGUUGUUGGUU